AUGAUUAAUCUCAUAUCAUCUUCGAGCUUCGACGCCGUUUUCCAGCAAACAACCAGAAACAUCGAGCAUUCGCAAAAUAGUACUGCUUGUGCUUGCUAAAAGGCCUAAUAGAAAAGGUUUCGAUUCGCCAAGUUUGUGGCUUUCUUUCGUUGUUGUUGGAUUAACUGUGGGUUUUAGCUCUUACCACUCACUAUCUUCCUCUCUUAGUCUCAUGGCUAUUUCACGUCGGUGCUCGUUAAAUUCCCAGAAGAAGAAAGAAGAAGAAUCCCAUGGGAUUUGAGGAUUAGGGUUUUGCGUAUUUCUCUCACGUUUCUCUCUUUGAUAUCUCACCUAAGCUGUCUGGAAGCAGAAAAGGCUCGAAGCUUUGAAAUUAGUUUAUGGUAUUUUUUGUAUUUUGGAAUUUUUGAUGGGGAAGGGAAAGAUGGAUGAAGGGAAAGGAGGGGAUCAGUUCCACAGGAAUGAAGCAAUCUCGGCAGUUGCUGACGAGAGUUUUUUAGGUGAGGAAGACGACGAUUAUGAAGACCUUUACAGUGAUGUUAAUGUUGGUGAAGGGUUUCUUCAAUCUUUGAGAAGAAGCGACAAUGUAGGGUUUCUAAAUGAAGAAAAUAAGAAUAGUUCAAAUAUUAACAGUGGUGGGAAAUUUAAUGGAUCAGCAAUAGGUGCUCUGGAAUCUGGUGUUUCAAUUCCGGGGGUUGCAGGUGGUGGUGAUAGAGGGGAUUCUAGUGUUUCUUAUGAGAGUCAAGGUUUUAGGAGUGUUAGUGCUGUUGAUGAUGUCAAAGGACCUAGUCUGGAUGUUGUUGGGGGUGGGCUUAGGGUUGAAUUUGCUCAGGCCUCAAGUAAGCUGAAUGAGGUAGCUGUGGAGCAGAGUGGGAAUAAGAAUAAUGGUUUAGGCAGUGUAGGUGGUAUGGGACAUCAAGGAUAUGGUGUAGGGAAUGUGAGGGGUGUUGAGAAUGAAGGCUUGGUGAGACAAGGAGUAGUAGGAGGCGCUGGUGUGAAUGGCUCUGGUGGCAGUGGCGGUGGCCCUACAAUUGGGAAUGGAGGUGGAAAUGUGGGUGUUGCUGGUGCUGGCCCUGGAGUUGGGGCAAAUGGUGGUGCAGCUGGAGGUGGCAGGACAAUAUUGUUUGUUGGAGAUUUGCAUUGGUGGACAACAGAUACUGAAUUGGAGUCCGAGUUGUGCAAGUAUGGGCCUGUUAAGGAAGUAAAGUUUUUCGACGAGAAAGCAAGUGGGAAGUCAAAAGGGUAUUGUCAGGUUGAGUUUUAUGAUCCAGCCGUUGCCACAGCUUGUAAGGAGGGAAUGAAUGGGCACGUGUUUAACGGAAGGCCUUGUGUUGUUGCCUUUGCAUCUCCCUUUACUGUUAAGAAAAUGGGAGAGGCUCAGUUAAAUAGGAAUCAGCAGAUGGCACAGUCUGCUCUCUCGCAAGCAAAGAUGGGUCCUAAUGAUGUGGCUGGUAAGACUGGUGCCAAUAAUAUUCAAACUGGUGGGAAUUAUCAAGGUGGGGAUAAUAAUAGAGGUUAUGGGAGAGGGAAUUGGGGAAGAGGCAAUGCACAGGGGAUGGGAGGUAGAGGGCCAGGUGGUCCUAUGAGGAACAGGGGUGGUGGAAUGGGUGGUAGAGGUAUCAUGGGAAAUGGUGGAAAUGGAUUCGGGCAGGGAAUGGGUGGGACAGCUCCUCUCAUGCACCCGCAGUCGAUGAUGGGUCAAGGUUUUGAUCCUGCUUUUGGUGUCCCCAUGGGAAGAAUGGGCGGUUAUGGAGGCUUUCCUGGUGCUCCAGCGCCUCCAUUUUCAGGGAUUUUACCUUCAUUCCCUCCUGUUGGAGGAGUUGGUUUGCCUGGAGUGGCUCCUCAUGUUAACCCUGCAUUUUUUGGAAGAGGUAUGCCCAUGAAUGGUAUGGGGAUGAUGCCUUCAAGUUGUGUAGAUGGACCUAAUAUGGGAAUGUGGUCGGAUCCUAGCAUGGGAGGAUGGGGUGGUGAUGAGCAUGGUGGUGGAAGAGCUAGAGAGUCAAGCUAUGGGGAGGAAGCUGCAUCUGACCAUCAAUAUGGCGAGGUUAGUCAUGACAAAGGAGGUUGGCAAAACCCAGCUAAAGAGAAAGAUAGAACUUCAGAAAGAGAGUGGUCUGGUUCAUCCAAAAGAAGGAACCGCGAUGAUAAAGAAUCAGGAUAUGAUAGGGACGUACAUAGGGAGAAGGAAAUGGGCCAUGGUCAUGAUUGGCCUGAAAGAAGGCGCCGGGAUGAUAGAGACAUUGGCCGAGAACGUGAUAGGGAGCGCUCUCGAGAUCGUGACCUCGAUCGUGAUCGGGAGGAGAGGGAGAGGGAUAGAUAUAGGGAAGACAGAGACAGAUAUGCAGAUCAUCGUAGGUACAGGGACUGUGAGCCAGAGCAUGAUGAUGAUUGGGACCGGGGGCGGUCAUCAAGGACUCACAGCAAGUCCCGAUUAUCGCAGGAAGAUGAGCAUCGUUCAAGAUCUAGAGAUGCUGAUUAUGGGAAGAGGCGGCUUACCUCAGGGUGACCUACCUGAAGCCUCUUAUAUCACUGGAAGGAUACGAACUUGAUAUUUGAAGCUGUUCAGCUGAAGUACUGGUAUCGUGGAGAUGAUCUGAUCGCUGCCUCGGAAAUUUGAGAGAGAAAGUAGAUGGUGUUUCCUUUUGCCAGCAGUCAUGUAGAAUGGAACCAUUCUUUUCAGUAGUUUUAGCUUUAAAGUAGCAGUUAUGUUUUAGUUGAUUCAACACUUGAUGAUGAAACCAAUGUUAUGAUGUUUGCAGGGAUUGUGAGAUAUGGUUAUAGAUUAUUUCAGAAACUUAAAAGGAAUAGUUUGAAUUGUGAUGUAAUAAUAGGGAUUUAGCUGAGGAUUGGUGGUUUUGCAUCUUCUUUCGGCUGUUUUGUUGUAUUGUUUUUGCCCCCUUUUUAUUUUAUUUAUUUA